AUGUCGACGUUCGAUACCUUGACCGAGCAGGACCUGCAGCAGGAUGAAGUCGAGAUCGAUUUCUCAGGCAUGCCCGCACACAUCCCACCCCAAAAAAAGACCCUAGUGGAAGACGCUGAACUAACAGCUGUUGCUGAAUUCGAAGUCCGACUGGAAGAAGGACUCGAUACCUUCGUCGUUUUUGACGGACUCCCAAUCGUCUCCGAAGAUAAUAAGGCGAAGUUGAUUAAGUUUUUGUUAAAGAAAAUAAAGAAGGAUGGCCCCUCAUCGAGCAAUAUCGACCCGAACCGCCAGAUUUUUCUACCCAUGAAUGAGAAUGGAAUGUCCGAAGGUUUCGCUUUUGUUGAAUAUGACACCCCCGAGGAAGCCUUUGCUGCCAUAAAGAGUCUUCACGGAACCCCUCUGGAUAAGAAGCACACCUUGGCAGUCAACAAGCUCACUGAUAUAGACCGAUAUGGACGUGAAGGCCGGAUAGACGACGAAUACAAACCUCCCAGGAUCGAACCGUUCCAGGAAAAAGAACAUCUUCGAUCAUGGCUGGGCGAUCCCAAUGCCCGCGAUCAGUUCGCAAUGUACCGCGGUGACAAAGUUGGUGUGUUUUGGAAUAUGAAGAAGGACCCUCCAGAGAAUGUUGUCGACCGAGAUCACUGGACCCAGCUUUUUGUACAGUGGUCUCCCAUGGGUACAUACCUUGCUUCCGUACAUCCACAAGGUAUCCAACUCUGGGGAGGUCCCCAAUUCAGCAAACAAAAACAGUUCCCUCAUCCUUUCGUCCAGCUUGUGGAGUUCUCUCCCCAGGAAAACUACCUUACCACAUGGUCUAGCCGCCCGAUACAAAUAGAGGGAGCACCUGGUGUUUUGUCAUAUGAUGAAGACGGCAAGAAUAUAAUCAUCUGGGAUAUUACCACCGGAAAGCCUCUCCGAUCCUUCGUCAGCCAUGACCUAACUGCCCCCGCUGGCGCCGAUGACGCUGCUGCUCAAAAGAAGAAAGUACAGUGGCCUGCGUUUAAAUGGUCAGCGGAUGAGAAAUAUGUUGCUCGUAUGCUUCAGCACCAGUCCAUAUCUGUCUAUGAGCUACCUCGUAUGAACCUUCUUGACAAGACCGUAGUCAAGAUUGAAGGUGUUAUGGAUUUCGAAUGGUCUCCUGCUACUGUACAAAGGGAAGGUGUCAAACGCUAUGAGCAGCUUUUCAGCUUUUGGACUCCUGAAAUUGGAAGCAACCCUGCUAAAGUUGGUUUGAUGAGCAUACCGUCAAAGGAGAUCGUUCGUACACGAAAUCUUUUCAAUGUCUCCGAUGUGAAGCUACACUGGCAAUCCCAGGGUGCCUACGUUUGCGUCAAGGUUGACAGGCACUCCAAGUCCAAGAAAUCCAUGGCUACCAACCUGGAGAUCUUCCGAGUGAAAGAAAAGGGCGUGCCAGUCGAGGUUGUCGACUCACUAAAGGAUACCGUCAUAAAUUUUGCUUGGGAACCCAAGGGUGAUCGAUUUGUCCUCAUCACAACUGGCGAGGCUAUCGCAGGCUCUGCUGUUGCUCCAAAGACUGCCGUCUCUUUCUUUUGCCCUGAGAAAGUUAAAGGUGGCGCUAUCGGUAACUUCAAACUCAUCCGCACCAUUGAGAAGAAGACGAGCAAUGGAAUCUACUGGUCUCCCAAGGGCCGAUUCGUUGUCGUCGCUACCGUGCAUUCUCAGCAAAACUUUGACCUUGAUUUUUGGGAUUUGGACUUUGAGGGUGAGAAGCCAGAGAGUGAGAAAGACCUUUCGGCCAAUCUACAGCUCAUGAAGACUGUCAACCACUUUGGUGUGACUGAUGUCGACUGGGACCCAACUGGUAGAUACGUUGUCUCCAGCGCCUCUGCCUGGACGCACUCGCUUGAAAACGGCUAUAAUAUUCACACCUUCUCCGGUACAACAUUAGCAGAACACCCCACUGAGAAGUUCAAGCAACUCCUCUGGCGCCCGCGACCUCCAACAUUCCUUUCAAAGGAAGAGCAAAAACAAGUCCGCAAGAACCUCCGCGAAUACUCUCGCGAAUUUGACGAAGAAGACAAGUACGCCGUCGAUAUUGCCAACACCGCCAUAGUCGAGAUGAGAAAGAGAGUCCUCAGUGAAUGGACCGCCUGGCUCAGAAAGGAGAAGCAAAUGAUUCUCGAGGAAAGAGAAGAUCUCGGUCUGUCUCCCAACCCAGAUGAUGACAUCGUUGCUCAACCCAAUAUCACUGCCGCUGAGGGGGAUACAGUGGUAGAGGAGAUUGUCGAGGAGAUCAUCGAAGAAACUGAAGAGAUCAUUAGCUAA